UGAAAGACUGAGGUAUGCUGAUGAGCUCUACUCUUCCAAUUCUUGGAGCUGGUUCGUAAGACUCUACAGUAUCGUUGAUCAGAGCUUCUGUUGUUGUUGUUGUUGUUGUUGUGACUUGUCACUGAAGGGCGAUUGUGGGUUCCAAUGAGACUGAUGCUGGUGUUAUCUUCAGGCAUCAAUAGGUUAAGAAGCUGCAAUGGAAUCCAAUCUGGAAGCAGCCCGGAUUAAGUCAUUGCCUGAUGACGCAUUCUACAUUGCAGACUUUAUCACUGAGGAAGAGGAGGAGUUGCUGCUGCAGAAGAUAACCACUGCCCCUCUUCCCCGAUGGACUCAGCUCUCCCACCGACGUCUUCAAACUUGGCCCUCUGCUCUGACCACGUCGAAUACUCUAAUCGCAUCGCCGUUGCCCUCAUGGCUCUUUUCACCUAUCAUCAACCCUCGGUUGAACUCACUUGGCAUUUUCGCAAGCGCCCCUCACGGCGGUCCAAACCAUGUCCUGGUGAACGAAUACUGUCCGGGUCAAGGAAUCAUGCCGCAUGAAGACGGAGCCGCGUACUAUCCCCUGGUUGCGACCGUGAGUCUGGGAGCACCAAUUGUCCUAGAUCUGUAUCCAAAGCCCGUUUCAAGCAACGAUGGAAACAACAGCGGGGAGGGUGGCGCUCGCCAGCCUCAGUCUCGAAUCUUGCAGGAGAGGCGCAGCCUUCUGGUUACGAGGCGAAGCAUCUACACAGAUUUCUUGCACGGCAUUGCAGAGACCUGCAAGGACGAUAAUCUCAGUGCUGACACCAUCUGCAAUUGGGAUCUGCUGCGUGAACCGGAUCGUUAUCAGUGUGGUUGGUAUGAGAGGGAGACCCGAAUCAGUCUGACGUAUCGGGACGUGCUCAAGGUGUCAAAGUUGGGAAAUACGAUGAAAUUUCUAGGCGGACGAUGA